GGUCACUCCCCGGGCUGGGCUGCUCGAGAGCAGCUCACUCCAGAGAGUGCCCAGCCUCUGGUCAGCUAUCCCAGCCAGCCUUGAGGACUGAGCUCUCUCUCUCUCUUUCUCUCUCUAACAACCUCUGUUCUCACAACCCCACUGGGUUCACCCUUCCCUGCACCCCCAACAUCAUCUCAUCCUUCCUGCCUCUUCCUCCAUCUUCUCCCCCCCACACUUCCCCCACCCUUGAGAAGGCUGGAGCAGGGAAGCUGCCGGACCCCUUGCCUCUGCCCCUUUGGUCACAAGGACAACCCACGCCAUCCAGCGAGGCCCCCGGCCACCUUACCCCUGGACACUGGAUAAGGUCCCAAGGACAGACAGACAGAGGGACGGCAUGGAGGGAGCCUUCUACAUCGCGAUGUUCCUGGCUGCUUGUGUCUUCAGCCUGGCAAAUCCUCUGGAGAAAGCUGCCUGUGACCUGGAGCUCCCGGACUCUGAAACAGGAAGGGUGACAUACACCACAAAUCAGGUCUCUCGGGGUUGCCUGGGUGAAAUAUCCCUUAACUCUGCCCAGGAAGUCCAUGUCCUCAACCUGAGAUUCCCAAAGGGUAUCUCAGAAUUGGAGCUGACUAUUCGGGUCAACAAAGAGAAUGUCCUACAGUCCAGGGAUAUCCGUGUUGUCCUCAAUGUCCAGGGUUCCAUUGUUCUCUCGCUGCAGUCCGAAGGAAUUUCAGUCAACCUUUCCUUGGAUCCUGAUAAUACCUUCUUCAAAGAAACACCUAUCAACUACAGUCCCUUACCAAAAUUCUCCACAAUGGAAGACCUUCUUAACUGGGCCCAGAGAAGACACGGGGAUAUUACCUCAUACGCAGAGAUUGAAGAACCCCAGAGCAUCAUCCUUCACGUGGGUCAAGCCUCAGCAUCUGCAUUCCCAUGUGUCCCAGAGCCUAACUUCAACAUGGGCAGUUACCUAACAUGGAAGGCCAAUGUACCAGAGGUCAGAGGCUGUCGCUUUAGCAAGGUGCCGGGCAAGAAAGUGGCUCACAUCCUGAAGGUCACACAGGGUUCCUCAAGCAGCCCUCAGACAGUGGAGGUGAAGAUGGACUUGAGCUGCCCUUUAGGAAAUCUGGCUCCCACACUGGAGACUGUGCUGAUCCUGCAGGGACCUCCCAAUGUCAAUUGGCUGAUUGACUCCAACCACAAUGUGCAGAUCGGGACCACAGGUGAAUACUCCUUCAAGAUCUUUCCCAAUAAGAGCAUCCCUGGCUCCAUCCUCUCUGACACGAUGCAGGAACUGCUCUAUGAGGCCCUGAAGAAAUUCAAUGCUAGCAUCAUCGCCUCCUACGUGGAGAUUCCACCUGCCAGCCACAUUGCCCUGAGGGCCCCUACUUGUGCUCCCAAGGUCGAAACCUCUCCUUCCCCAGUGCUGACAACUCCAUCUAUGAUGACUUGCUACCUGCCUCUGCUGAGCGCUCUGCUUUUGCCCCAGUGCUCCUCAGACAGCAUGACACUGGUGUUAAGCAGGGAAUUUACUAUGGUCCUGAACUGUGAGAUCAAACUUCUCUCCUUCCGGGACCCCACUUGCCAGUCACAAGAGAAAGAUAACCAGCUGGUCCUGAGCAGCACCUUCCAUGGGUGUGGUAUGAAUGUGAAGAAAGGUGUCAUUGUAAACAAUGAGGUGGCUGUAAUCUUGACCUCCAGCUCUGUUCCAAUUCUGUUAGAGGCGCAGUGUCUUAACACCAGUGCCUUCUCUGUCCACAUGGAAGCCUACAACAGCCAUCAAUUCCUUCGAACCUCCAGUACUAUUGAGCUGGGCCAACGGGUCUAUGUGCAGGUGACAGUGACCCCAGCAGUUGAAGAGCUCAAUGCAUUCCUGGAUAGCUGCUCCCUGGACCUGGGGCCAGAGGCUGACCCUGUGGAACUAAUCCAGGACCAGGUGGCCAGAAGCCCCCGGGUGAACCUCAUGACAACAAACUACAAGAGAAUCCGAUUCAACUUCCUUCUGCGGGGUCACAUGGUGCCCACACCAAUGGCUGCUACGCUUACCUGUAACGUAGGAUUGGUCCUCCAGAAGAGGCAUGAGACCAAGAUUCUUGUUGAGACCUCUAUGAAGUUAAACAUCAGCAAUCCCAUAACAAGCCUGGGCAUGCCUGCCAUCCUGGGAAUCACAUUUGGAGCCUUCAUCAUUGGAGCCCUGCUCACUGCUGCCCUCUGGUACAUCUACUCCCAUACCCGUCCUCCAGGCAAGAGGCAGCCAGUGAUGGCCACAGCGCCAGCCUCCGAGAGCAGCAGCACCAACCACAGCAUUGGCAGCACCCAGAGCACGCCCUGCUCCACCAGCAGCAUGGCAUAACCCACCCUAACUCACCCCCACUGGCCCAGAUUGUACCAUCUUCAGCCUGAGGAGGCUCACUUGGCACCCUCUGCCUGGACCACGUCUCCAGAUUCUAGGAACCAUGCCUGCCUUUUUCUACACUCUGGAUUUUUGAAGAGUCAGCCUGGGCCCAGCCUCUUUGGACCAAAGAUGGCUGAGGGGUGUGGGGAUGGAAGGUAGGGACAGGGUGUCAUCAUGAGCCUGACACCUUCAUAGACAACUACACCGCCUAUACACACCCAAGGGCAGAAAUGGGUGUUGGCAGCUCCUUUAGGAGAGACUGGCACAGCUGAUAACCAGGAGUCUGGGCCCCAGACUUACACAUUCGAUGAAUGGUUGUGUCCACCCAAACCCCGGCCCUAAAAACAAUCCCAUUCCAGAGCUUGAGAGGUCACAGCUUCAGGUCAUGGACCUCUUUCUCCACCUCUAACUCUCAAGAGGGGACCCAUUUCAAAGCACCUUGAGUUCAUCCUUGGGAAUCUGGGUUCCAACAGACAAUCUCUCAACUGGUCAUGGAGUUUUGGGGGUGAGAGGCAUAUUUCCUGAGCUGUAUAUAUGCCUCACAGUAUUUGUUAUUGUAUAAAUGUAUGUUAUUUUAAUAUUGGUCCAGAGUUUUCUGAGCUCUGGCAUUUGCAGAUAGAGGGAAAUGAGUGAAAUUUUAUACCCAGUAAUCAGCCUGCCCACUUCACAAUGGCCCCCAAGGUUGUUUAGGGGAUUGAGGGGAGAGAUCAGAGCUGAAUUCUCCCUUUCCUGUGGGUCAUCCACCCGACCGAUUCUGUAGCGGUGUGGCAUAGGCUGGGGCCAGCUCUUCUCUCCUUUCUUCUGGAUUUGCCUCAAAGCACUCCCUAGCCCAUGGUGGGGGGUGUGGCCAGGGCAUGUUUCUUCUGCCACCAGCCAAGGCCUUAAGCACCACCACCUCCCCCUACCCUCAUCCUUCCCUAGCUGCUGCAGCCACAAGGCAAUUCACCCAUGGGCCCCAGUGCCCCUUGCCCCAACAGCUCAGGAGUCGGGGGGCUGCAUGCCAGGCUAGCCAAAGGGGCUCCUGGCCAGCAGUCGUCUCCAUUCUAUAUAUACCAGCAAGAAAAAUGACCUCGGGACAAAUCCCUGUUGCCCCUCUCUUGGCCAAAAGGCAACAGGGGAUGGAGACACAGGGUAAUGGGGGCUUCCCCUCAGGCCAAGCACCUCACUCUCUGCUCUCACUGCUGCCAUACCUGAAGAGAACUUCCAGGAAAGCACCAGCUUUUACCUGCACGCACACAUCCAGAGCCCUAAAUCACCCCCCUCACUUUAAAGAUAUGGGCACUUUAUACUCAUGAACCCCUUUGUUCCCAACGACCUGGGGAAGGAGGUCAGCAUGAUCAUCUCCCUCUCACAUGUGGGGAGACUAAGCAAAGUCAAGUGGCUCAUCCCACACAUUGCUGGAGUCUGGUGGAGCCGCAUUUGAACCCACAGCCUUUUCACUCCACAUGAUAACUGCAGUUAGCAUUUAUCCAGUGCUUCAGGGUUUGCAGAGAAACUUACAAAUAGAAAGAAUCUCAUUUGAUCCUCACAUCAAACCUGGGAGGUCGGUGCUAUCACCCUCAUCUUACAGAAGAAGAACACGAGGCAAGCAGGGAUCAAGUGUCUUGCCCAGGGUCACUCGGCUAUCAUUAAGUGCCUGAGGGAGGAUUUGAACCUGGGUCUUCUCAAUUCCACCUCCAGCAUUCUUUCCACUCUGCCACCUAGCUGCCUGGAAAUUAUAUCCAGCGUUCUUUCUCUAUUAAAGAGAUUAAGGGUAGGGGACGUCAGUGUAACGGCUCCUCACAAGGAUGCCUGGACCCACUUUGAUCUUUGGCCCAGAAUGCUUAGUACGACUCCGGAGCCUAUCUGGUAUAGACUGGACUGGGCUUUCAGGGCCCUCAUGUUCAGGGGGGGACCAGAAAGGGGGCUGCUGGUGGGACAGAGGAACGUGGGCAGCUGGAAAGGACUGGAUCAUGUGGUCGAGCCUCAGCGUUUUCUAGAGGUUCCUCUCUGAGCUCCCAAUGGUGGAUGUGGGCAAAGGGAACACAGCUCCUAAGAAGUGGGACUGAAAAUCCAGGCUCUUCCUAAGCUGUAUGUCAUGGAUCUCAACCUUCUUGUUUGUCUGGGCAGUCAGGGAAGCUUGAGGCAGAAGUCUCUUGCGAAAAAAAGAUUUUUAAUUAAAAAAGCUUUCACUCAC